AUGGGGAGAGAACCAGUGGACAAACACAUGGAUAAGAACCCAAGCAGUAUCACAGGAAGUUCAACUGGAUCAGCAGAGGUUCAGGAAUGCAUUGAUCACAACUUGGUUGCCCAUGAUGAUGUCGACGGAUCUGAAUCUCGUACAUCUUCUUCUGACAAUAAGAAGAAUCGAAACACACUCCUUAGCCAUAUAUGUAGAACAGCUACAUCUGUAAGAAGUGAUAAACCCAAGAUAACGGUUGGAGUUUCUCCAACGUUUGAAAGAAAAUCACGGCUAGAGAGACAUAAAGAGUUUUACAAGAAACUAGAGGAAAAGCAGAAAGCACUUGAGGAAGAGAAGAGAGAAAACAAGAAAAGGCUCAAGGAAGAGCAAGAAGUCGUCGCUAAGCAACUCCGGAAUAACAUGGUGUACAAAGCUAAUCUUGUACCCAAUUUCUAUUAUGAGGCUCCUCCACUCAAACUUCAAUUGAAAAAGUUUCCACUGACUCGGCCCAAGUCACCAAACCUUAACCGUAGAAAUAGCUGCAGUAACACAGUUAACUCAUCACAUCAGGAGGUGAAAGGCAAUCAUUGUGCUCGAUAUAGACACAGUGUAGGCGGUUGCAAGGAAAAAUCAAUAGCGAGUAAUAUCCCAAGGACUCCAAAUGUGAACAAGUUCACAAAGGGAACACAACCAAAGUCUAGAGAAUUUUGUGGAAGAAACAAGAGUGGCCAUGAGCGAGUGGUGGGUGAGAAAUUCAUUGAUGUUGUGAGUGAAGCUUAG